AAGCGCGUACCUUUUCGAAAAGAGAAAAAGAAAUUCCUGUUUUUUUUUUUUUCAUUUUGUUUCCUUUUCCUGUUUCUGUUUCUGUGGUGGAACUCUUUUUCUCUCUGUUUUUCUUUUUUCUUUUUUUUCUUUUAUUUGUAUUUUUUUCAAUUUGUGAAUCUUUUAAGUUUUUCUCUGAAUCAAAUUCCUACCUUUUUUUUUUUUUUCCCGGUGGAUUUCCAUUCCAAUAAACAAGAAAGAAAAAGCGGAGCUGGGCUUUAAUUAAUACUUUCUUCAACUUGAAUCUUCUUUACUGUUAAAAAGCAGAGUUCUUGUCCAUGCGAAAGAUUUUCCGAUUUCUCUAAAUUUUUUUUUCUUUUAUUUGCUCGUUCGCCGGAGGGGGGGAGUUCUUCGACGUCGUUUUGGAAUCUGCGUUCGGUGUCAGAAAUGGCCAAGCGUGGAUAUAAGCUGCAAGAAUUUGUGGCUCAUUCAGCUAACAUCAAUUGCCUAACCAUCGGGAAAAAGGCGUGCCGACUUUUUGUUACUGGUGGGGAUGAUCAGAACGUUAAUCUUUGGGCGAUUGGCAAACCCACUUCUUUAAUGAGCCUAUGUGGUCAUACAAGUCCAGUUGAGUCUGUAGCUUUUGAUUCAGCUGAAGUAUUAGUGCUCGCUGGAGCUUCCACUGGUGUGAUAAAACAAUGGGAUUUGGAAGAAGCAAAGAUUGUUCGCACGCUUACUGGACACAGAUCAAACUGUACUGCAGUCGAAUUUCAUCCCUUCGGUGAGUUCUUUGCUUCUGGUUCCAUGGACACCAAUCUGAAGAUUUGGGACAUUAGAAAGAAAGGAUGCAUUCACACAUAUAAAGGUCAUACUCAAGGUGUUAGUACUAUUAAAUUCACUCCUGAUGGUCGUUGGGUAGUUUCUGGUGGAUUUGAUAAUGUUGUAAAGAUAUGGGAUCUAACUGCUGGAAAGCUCUUGCACGAUUUUAAAUUCCACGAAGGUCAUAUUCGGUCCAUAGAUUUCCAUCCCCUCGAGUUUCUACUGGCCACAGGCUCAGCAGACAGAACUGUGAAAUUCUGGGAUUUGGAAACCUUCGAACUGAUUGGAUCUGCUAGACCUGAGCCUACCGGGGUUCGUGCGAUUGCUUUUCAUCCUGAUGGUAGGACCCUAUUUUCUGGAUUGGAUGAAAGCCUGAAGGUUUAUUCAUGGGAGCCUGUCAUUUGUCACGAUUCUGUAGACAUGGGCUGGUCAACACUUGGUGAUCUAUGCAUACAUGAUGGGAAACUGUUGGGGUGCUCAUACUAUCGAAAUUCUGUUGGAGUCUGGGUCGCAGAUAUUUCACUUAUAGAGCCAUAUGGAGCUGGAUCAACACCUGUGCAAAGUGACUGUACCGAGCUGAAAUACAAUGUUAAACUCCAGGGAAGCUUGGAGAAAGUAGGGAGUGGUAUAAGGGCUUCAAGUUUGCGAUGCGUGUCGCCAGAAUAUGAUGCAAAGGAGAUAAAGAACAUAUAUAUGGACUCUGCUGGUGGAAAGCCUGUUGCUCCACCGAGAGUUGAGUCUUUAGCUACUACUCCAAAGGCAAUAUCUCCAUUGGAUAUGAAGGAAAUCAGUGAUCAGCCAACUAAAAAGCAGAGUUCUGCAGUAGGUCUGAAUCCAAAAUGUAAUGAACAUGCACUUAAUAAAUCCUUAGUUGUGCCUAGCAUUGUACCCCGUGAUAGUCCUGAUGGAAAAGACUUGGCAAACUCCACAAGAGAAUCUAUUACCUUUUCAAAGACAAAGCGUGGUAUGUUGCUGAAACCAGCUCAUACGAGAAAGCCAUCAAACAGCAAAAAUGACCUUGAGAGGCUGCCAUUGGCUGUUGAUUCUGGAACUAUUGGCAAUUUGACGGUUAAUUUAGAUGUUGCAGUGGACCAGAACUUCCAAAAGAAAACUGUAUCAGAAGAUGGAGCUAGAGAAUCUUGUGAGGAAAUGAAUUCUAAUAUCAAGAAUGUCGCUGAAAAGUUUGAAAAAGUUUUGUUUCCCCAGACACCCACUAGUCCAGAUGGCUGCAAGAAUUCUGUUGUUUCCAACAAAGAGAUGAGCUCUGUUAAAUUUGUCAAUGGAGUUGCCGUUGUACCAGGAAGGACUCGUACUCUUGUUGAGAGGUUUGAAAGAAGAGAGAGAUCUAAUAGCAAUGAAGAACAAGCUAAUGAUAUGUCAACUCGAAUAAUACCUGAAAUGGAUCAAUCACCACCAAUGCUGAAAGAAGAACCUCAAAUUUCUGGAAGGGAUUCAACAUCCACAAAUGAUAGAGAUGCUACUGAAGAUUUAAUGCAAACUCAUGACAUAUUCUUGAGUACCCUUCGCUCUCGCUUGACAAAAUUACAGGUGGUGCGGCAUUUCUGGGAAAAAAAUGAUAUUAAAGGUGCUAUUAGUGCCAUGAGGAAGCUACCAGAUCAUUCUGUGCAAGCAGAUGUGAUCAGUGUUCUCAUAGAGAAAAUGGAUAUUCUCAACUUAGAUUUGUUUUCUUGCUUGCUUCCUGUGCUUCUGGGCCUACUUGAUAGCAAGACAGAAAGGCAUGCAAUUGUGUCAUUGGAGUUACUAUUGAAGCUUGUAGCAGUCUUUGGCCCAGUGAUAUGUUCAGCCGUUUCAACACCUCGAGCUGUUGGUGUUGAUCUUCACGCAGAGGAAAGCAGGGUAGAAUGCUGCCGGCAGUGCUCUGUUCAGCUGCAAAAGAUCCAGAAGGUUCUUCCGGCACUUGUAAGGAAGGGUGGUUUGCUGGCAAGAAGUGCUCAAGAAUUGAUUCUAGUUCUUCAAGAUUUAUAAGCCAAAACCAACAGUGCCUGCCAGAAGCGAAAAGGGUGUCUUUGUGGAAACCCUUUAAUACAACUCGGUAUAAAAUAUUAAGCAUUUAUAUCGAGUUAAAGUUCCUCAUGUUUCACAAUUUUGCUUUAAUGCUCUCUACCUCUUUUAAGAGUCAUCUUCGGCAAUUAUAAAUAACUAAGUGCUAUUGCUCUGGACUUGAGUUUUGCGAGGCAAAGCUUAAAGCAACACCUCACUCGGCAUAUGAGCUUGAAGGAGGAUGUAGCCAUCUCGUGCAGAGCGUAAGGAUCUCCUAAUUUUGAUUCUUUGAUUCUGGAGAUUGUUUGUUGUUGUAUCUUUCAUUCAUUUGUAUGUAAUCAUGUUCCAGUAUAUAUGUAGACUGCAUUCUAUCUUCUAAAGGUAUAAUAUAAAAGAUACAUUUGUUCUUUUCA